CAUACCCCCAUCGUUAGCUUCUACAUCGGUGGUUUUCAUCAGAUCUGUUAGCUGUCACACGGGUACAGAGUUUUAAAGUCCAAAUAAAGAUUUAUGCAGUCUCUAAUCAUGAAAAACUCAAAGGACGCCGUGCAGACCGCUGCCAAAGAGUUCCUCCAGUUCGUUAACAAGGGUGUGUCUCCAUACCAUGUGGUUGAGGAGUGUAAGUCUCGUCUGCUGGGUGCUGGUUUCACCGAGCUGAAGGAGACUGACCACUGGGACAUCAAGCCAACUUCUAAGUACUUUGUGACGCGCAACUACUCCUCCAUCAUCGCGUUUGCUGUGGGCGGACGUUUCGAGCCAGGAAAUGGCUUCACUAUGAUCGGCGCUCACACCGACAGCCCCUGUCUUAGGGUUAAGCCACGGUCCAAGAAGACCAAACAGGGCUGCCUGCAGGUCGGGGUGGAGUGCUACGGAGGUGGUAUCUGGAACACCUGGUUCGACCGGGAUCUGACGGUCGCCGGACGCGUCAUGGUCAAGACGGGGGACAAGCUGGUCCAUCGUUUGGUGCACGUGCCCCGGCCUCUCCUCAGGAUCCCCCACCUGGCCAUCCACCUCCAGAGGGACGUCAACGACUCCUUCGGCCCCAACAAGGAGAACCACCUAGUGCCCAUUCUAGCCACUGCUGUACAAGAAGAGUUGGAGACCGGCAGCAUUUCCACUGGGGAUGCCUGCAACGCUACUACCUUUACAGAGAAACACCAGCCGGCCCUGACGAACGUGUUAUGUUCAGAGCUGGGCGUUCAGCCUGAGGCCCUGCUGGACUUUGAGCUGUGUCUGGUGGACACUCAGCCAGGGGCAAUUGGAGGUGUGUUUGAAGAGUUCAUCUACUCCCCCCGUUUGGACAACCUGCACAGCUGCUUCUGUGCCCUGAAGGCUCUGGUGGACUCCUGUGGCUCCGGAAACUCUUUGGCCUCAGACCCUAAUAUAAGGGUGGUGACACUUUUUGACAACGAAGAGGUGGGGUCAGAGAGCGCCCAGGGGGCGGCGUCCAACCUGACAGAGCUGAUUCUGAGCCGCCUGUCCUCCUCUGCCAGCAACCUCACAGCCUUCCAGCAGGCUGUGCCGCGGUCCUUCAUGAUCAGCGCCGACAUGGCCCACGCCCUGCACCCUAACUACCAGGAAAAACAUGAAGAAAACCACAGACCAGCUUUCCACAAGGGUCCCGUGAUUAAGUUCAACAGUAACCAGCGCUACGCCACCACGGCAGUGACCGCCUCCAUCUUGAGAGAGAUCGCCGGCCGCGUCAACGUGCCUCUUCAGGACGUGAUGGUGCGUAACGACAGCCCCUGCGGAACCACUAUCGGCCCGAUCCUGUCGUCUCGCCUGGGGAUCCCUGUGCUGGACAUCGGCGCCCCCCAGCUGGCCAUGCACUCCAUCAGGGAGAUGUGCUGCACCUCCGGAGUGCUCCAAUCAACUAACCUAUUCAAGGGCUUCUUUGAACUCUUCCCUGCUGUGAGAGACAUGGUGACUGUGGACUAACCCGGGCUGUGGAUUCGGACAGAUCAUAACAUACCCUGUUUCUCUUUCUCCUGUUUUUCUUCAUAUUCACAAAUGACACCAUGUGCAUACAGCAGCGUGUUGUACACAUUCAGGGAUUAGGAAAAUGUAAUUAUAAAUGAUUUUCCUGUUGAACUGAAAUGGUUUAUAAAAUAAAUCUUUCAUUUACA